AUGGAAGUCCAGGGUCAGCCUUGGGGAGGCUGGCCCGUAGAUAUUACGAGUCGUUGGUGUCCCUGUAACUACUGCUACGCCUUCGGUGUCUGCGUGCAUGUGGUGUACGCCCUCAAAGCUACGGACCACGUCGACAACAGUGGGAGGAAUAUUCUCGUGAACCGCAGCAAGCGGAAGCGAGGAGACGGCGCUUCGGGUGGCAGACCACUAUCAGUUGGGACUGCACUUACUUUUAGAGGCUCCAGCACAAGCUGCACGCAGACCCCGGACGGCGUUGCUAGUUUAGUUCGUGUCAUGGUCCUGCGACCAGCACUGCUCGCACGCGCACUUGAACCAGGUUUGGUUCCCGUGAUCUCCCCACCUGUCUUCACAUCCGCAAUCAUCCGAACAAGCACCUUCACGCUAGCUCUGUUCUGCACUUCCAUGAAGGCUGCAUUGGGACUGCAGGAAUGGCUUAUGAACCGUGUGGUGAAGCCGCAUUCGAGCACCUCGAUGUAUACGUACUUGUUUUUACGCGACUUGCCGUUCAAAAGCAUUGUGUAUCCUGUGUUGUGUUGGAGCCUCUGCCCCGGAACACCUUCAAUAUAG